UCUUUUCUCUGUAUGUACUGUGACAUGGAGACAACAAAUGACUCUUUGAAUAUGGAGUUCAUCCUCUUGGGCCUCUUCCCUGGCAUGAAACACACCAGCUUCCUUGUCUCUGUGAUUCUUCUGAUUUACAUCGUGGCUCUCACUGCAAACUCCAUCCUCAUUCUCCUGAUUUUUGUGGAUUCUCGUCUCCACACACCCAUGUACUUCCUGCUCAGCCAGCUGGCUCUCAUGGACUUGACAUUAAUUUCUAGCACUGUACCCAAGAUGGCGAAUGACUUCUUCUCAGGAAAGAGGAACAUCUCACGUGUGGCCUGUGGCACUCAGAUCUUCUUCUUUCUGACGAUGGGAAUCGCUGAAUGUAUCCUAAUCACCCUCAUGUCCUAUGAUCGGUAUGUAGCCAUCUGCAACCCUCUGAGAUAUGGCCUCAUCAUGAAUCACAGAGUCUGUCUGCAGAUGGCUGCCUUCUCCUGGGCAGGGGGUGCCCUUACAUCACUGGCACACACGGCUUAUGCCCUGCAUUUUCCCACUUGUGGUUCCAGAGAAAUUUCCCAUUUCCUCUGUGAGGUCAUGGCCAUCCUAAAGUUGGCCUGUGAGGAUAUCUCAGCCUAUGAGAAAGCUGUGGUGGUGACAAGCACUGUGGUACUCCUCAUUCCUUUGUCCCUCAUCCUGUCCUCUUAUGCUCUUAUCUUCCUUGCUGUCCUCCGUAUGAACUCCCCUGAGGGCAGGAACAAAGCCAUGGCGACCUGUUCCUCCCACUUGACUGUUGUGAGCCUCUACUUUGGUCCAGCCAUCCUGGUCUACAUGAGGCCCAGCUCUUACCAUAGUCCCAAACUUGAUCACAUUCUAUUUAUGCUUGGUGCCAUCCUCACUCCUAUGAUGAACCCCCUUAUUUAUAGCCUGAGAAACAAAGAGGUGAAACAUGCUCUGAAAAAGGUGUUGGGAUGUUACUUAUCCUAG